AUGGCAAUGACAUGCACCGAAGCGGCCCGCAAAUGUGAUUCCGAUCAUCGAUGUCGACAUCUUCGGCAUUCGCUUUUGGCAAAUUGUCCAGUAGCUCAAGAUGAAUGUACGAAGACCUCCUUGGACGAAUGUAGAAGAACAAUCUUGCACGCGAGGUAAAG